UUCAGUAGUCUGCGUUUUGCAGUCAUCUGCGCUAGUCUGGCAAUCGUGAGGAAGGGUUGGUGGAACAUCAUUUGUUCUUACGUGAACGGAAUACGAAAAGCAGGGAAACGGGAAUGUGACUUUUUUCACACAGAAAUAAAAGGCGUAGCUUCGUGCAAUUACUUGGGGCGAGCGGAAGCUUCGUUAAUGAAGUGAACACGGAUAUAAUUCGUGAGAAUCUUGGCAUGGUGUGUCCCGUGAAAAGAUUACCGAUAUAAGAAAAUGUCGCUGCUGCCGAAAACGGUACAUUUAGCUGAAAAGAAUUUACUGACAAAUAGGUGAAAAUGGAAGAUGAAGCGGACCUCAGAGAACAACUGUUUCACAACACCGUACGGGAGAACAUCAUAUUUCUCCUGCUAUUCUUGGUCCUUUACGUUUCGAGCUACGCGUUAAUCGCGAAAUUCCGUCGGAAAGAUCGAGAGGAUUAUUUUUCCGUGGACGAGGAUGAAGCAACGGUGUACAGAAUCAGUCUUUGGUUAUGUACCGUCGCUCUGGCGGUUUCCGUUGGGGCGACACUGCUGCUUCCAGUCUCCAUCGCGAGCAACGAGGUCCUCAUUUUAUAUCCAAACAGCUAUUACGUGAAAUGGCUCAAUAGCUCGCUCAUUCAAGGUCUAUGGAAUCAUGUAUUCCUCUUCUCAAAUUUAUCUCUCUUCGUGUUUCUACCGUUUGCCUACCUGUUUACGGAAUCGGAAGGAUUUGUUGGAUAUAGAAAGGGUGUAAUGGCUAGAGUUUACGAAACUGUGACAGUACUUUGUUUACUUGGAGCGCUUGUAUUAGGAAUGACAUAUGUUUUAUCAGCGCUCAUAGAUUACCAAAAGUCCAGUCUUCACACAUUGCUCAAUUUAUGGACUUACUAUUUGCCUUUCCUUUACUCGUGCGUUUCUUUUGUUGGAGUUGUUAUGUUACUGCUAUGUACACCGAUGGGAUUUGUGCGGUUAUUUGGAGUGGUCGGUUCGUUUCUCGUGAAACCACAGUUCCUAAAAAAUUUAGAUGAAGAGUUUUUUGCAUAUAAGUUGGAGGAAGAUUGUAUUCGAAGAAGGCUGGAACAUGCAAAGGCAACUGGAAAAUCAUAUGUUUCGCCAGUGCCCAUGUCCAUACCAGCAUGUGGUUCGAUGCUCGAAGACGAUGAACUCCUAAAUGCGAAUCCAAGCUUGAUGUGCCUAAGGAACGGUGCCUUGCAACGUGGAUUGGCUCAACGAUUAGAAGACAUCCAAAAACGGAGGAAGAUCUUGGAUCAGCAAAGACGAACCUGGUGGGUUCGACGUACUUUGCUGUAUCCCUUGGCGAUGCUAGCAUUACUUAUGCUUUCCACUGCCACUGCCUUGCUAGCAGUUCAAAACACAGUGGAACUACUUAUCGGGAUAAAAGCACUCCCUUUGAGUACCAGGCAAUUUACUCUGGGCAUCAGUUCGUUAUCGAAGCUUGGCCCCAUUGGAGCAACCAUCGAGGUGGCGGUCAUUUUAUAUCUAGCAGCGACGAGCGCGAUAGGCCUGUACACACUUCCGGGUGUUAGACGUGUUCAACCACGGUUUCAUUCCACGCCUCUUACGCAUCUUAUAGCAAAUUGUGCCCUCCUUCUUGUACUGAGCUCGGCAUUGCCACUGUUAUCACGGAUAUUAGGUAUGACAAACUUUGACUUGCUUGGUGAUUUUGGACGCAUCGAGUGGCUUGGAAACUUCAAACUAGUAUUGUUCUAUAAUUUAAUAUUUGCAACGGCAGCGAUUGGUUGUCUAGUGACAAAGUUUACAGCAACAGUCCGCAAAGAAAUCUACGCUAGGUUGAGAAGCAGUUUGAUAGGAAUUUUUAGAAGCGAAGGUAAGAAAAGCUCCGUAGGGGUGUUUUCUACGAAAGAUGAUUAGACUGACUUACGCUAUAAACAGAAAAAGAAUAUUUAUAAUUUAGCAUUAAAAGUGAGUAAAGACAGAUAAUUGUAUUUGCAUGAUAUAUUAAUAAUUGAAAUGCAAAUGUGCGAAGCUAUGAUAUGUAUGUUCGUGAAAUUUGGAAGUUCUAUUUAAUACUAUAACAAUGGGAUGAGUUAAACAUUCUAAAAAAGUUUAAUUGGACUUUGAGUGAUGUUUGAUGAGAGGGCCAGUCAUGAAUAUCCCAUACGACACUUAUGUUGUCACACAUUUAUGCGUGUGCGUGUGUGUUAAUUAAUUAUUUACCGAAAGUAUGCAUACCAAUCUUACGUGAGUUAAUUCAACUCGCUGCAUUGACAACGCAGUAUUGUGAUAAAGACACGAAAGCAAGUGCUCAGCGGAUAUGUGAAUUAUCGUUGUAGCAGAUAAUACAUAUGCAAAGGUACGUAAAUACCUUCGCGUGUAUCUUUGCGUUUAUGUAUGUACACAUACAUAUAUUAUCUUAUAUGUACUUUCUUACUACUGACAUGGAGAAUCUCGCAAUCACCAUUUUAGAAUAUAAAAAUCGAAAAAAGGUCCAGAAACUCGCAUCGGUGUAGAAAACAUUUCGAAAAAAUUCUCCAACCAUUUUUUAAUUCGCUAGUGCUCUUUUCCACAUAUCAAUCCAUCAAUUUAAUUAAUACCGUGUGAAGAAUAAAAAAGAUUCUGCAGUACAGGCUUUUUAUCUCUCUAUGAAAGGAGUUUAAAGUCUCUCAUUUUAAAUCAGUGGUUUUUAAGUUCAAGAUGACGCCUUUUCUAUAAAAAUAACAAACUUCUACGUCCGAGAUUCAUACGUAAAAUUCGUUUUUAUUAACUAUGAUCAAACUCUUAAGGAGAACCUUCCACUUUGAAAAAACACUGUUUCAAACAUUGUAUCUUUGUAAUUGUAGGCAAUUUGAUGUGCCUAAUUAAUUACUAAACUCUAAUAAAGUUAUUAGCAAAUUUACUAAAAACAUACAUUACAUAUGUAAAGAAAUUCACAAAUACGAUGACACAUACACAGUACUGUGUUUAUAGUAGUCUCGUUUCAACAACGUUGUUUAUAUGCAUUUUAUCGAUCAUUUUUAUUAAGUGGUUCGUGAUCGUGACCGCAAAAGUUUAUUAAAAAUUUUGUAUGUAAAUGCACUUACAAGAAAAGUAAUAAUACAUAUUUGAAGGUGCAUGUAGACUGGCAUAAUAACAUGCAGAAAAUCUUAAAAUGUUAUUGUUUCGACUGACUCGUUUCUCGUUAGUUCGUUACUGUAAGUUAACGCUUUAAAUUAAGUGAUUAUUUAUUUACUUUAAACACUUAGCCCGCCUUUUGACUGUGUCUAAUAUUUAUGUUAUACCAUUCAUAACAUUUAUUUAGUCAAUAAAACGGAUAAUAUUUUACAACAAUAUUAUGUGAUAUAUAUCUCGUCAACAAGACAAUACGAUGUUGUUAGGAUUUGCACUGGCAAUGAUGUAUCCACCAAUGAAUUAUUAACAAAUUUAAUUAGAGAGAGAUCUCGGGAUAGAAAAUAUUGCUUAACAUUUGUUACAAUAAUGCUACCUUGUGGAUCUAUUUGUAAUAAAUCGAGGUUCUCAACUGAGAAUUCUCUGUAGACACAGAUGA